AUGCUCCGUAACCUGGACGGAGCUGGCUGCCAGCACCUGCUCGAGUACUACGACGACGUCUGGAGCAGUGGGGUCUUACCGGAGUCAUGGCGCACUGUGGUCGUCGCCCCGAUCCUGAAGCCCCGGAAGAAAAUCAUGGCCCUCUCCUCGUACAGGGCAGUCUCUUUCAACUCGGCACCCUGCAAGGUGCUGGAGAAGGUGGCCUUGGAGCGACUUGAGUGGAUUGCUGGCCAACUCGAGUUCUUCCCGGAACAACUGACUGGCCUCAGACGCCACCGGUGCACAGCCGACUCCAUCUCCGACGUCGUCGCCACCCUCGAGAAUGCCAAGAGUUGGUGA